AUGAUUUCUUCUAAUUUUUUAGCUAAACCUAAGCCCCUGCCCCAGCCUCCUGCUUUACUGAGUUUAACCAGGAAUUUGGAGGUUAUUGCGUACUUUGCCCCUUGAGGGGAGCAAGGACAGGUUUUGGCAAGGACUGGAGGGCCUGGGGAGGAGGGAGAGGAGAGGAAGGAGGGGAUUUGUGAAGAUGAUGAGAUAUCUCAGACUCGCCAAGAUCAGAGAUCUCUAAGAAUGUAUCAGCCAUCAGACGAUUUAAAAAAUAUUCUUCCUCUUGGUUUUCCUCAGCUUUGUUCCAAUAUUCCCGGGAGAUGAGGCUUCAUGCCUCUCACUAAACAUCUAAGGAACCUCAAAAUUUGUCUGAAUCACUCAAAAGAGGGAGUAUCAACAGACUGUGUGACAUGCUUAAAUUCCAAGGAGAUCUGAGACUUAAAAUAUGAAGAGUUUAGGCCACUUUUGAAUAUUGAGCCAAAACUGGAAGAAAGAACCCUAAACAGAGGGGCCAGAGAAAAGGAAGAUAAAGAUUUCACCCUUCAAGAGAUGAACCAGAAGUUGACUGAAUACAUUAGGCUGAAAUUAGAGGACUUUGUGAGGAAUAGAAGAAGAAAAUAAGGAUGAUCGAGUUACUUAUGUGUUUAGAAUGGGCAAAGAAGUUUUCAGAAUGCUCCAAUAGGAAUGGCAGAUCCAAGAAAAAGGUAUAAAAAUGCAGAGAGAGACAAUUAUGCUAAAGCUUGCUUUAUCACCUUCAAAAAGUGUAUGGAAUUACUAUCUCAGCCAGGUCUUCAGGAUUAUCACCAAGAGCUUCAAACACAACCUCAAGAAGAUGAUUGAUUAGAGGAAAAUGGAGAUGGGGUUUAUACUGACCCGUUAAAGAAACUAUAUUGAGACUGCCUCCUUUUGAGAUUCUUCGAGUUUGCCUCAAUACAACUGUCACCUAAAAAGGUUAGAGCUUUAAUUCCACAAAGAUUAGGAGAGCAAAGUGGGACGAUUAAUUCAAGUUUAGAUAUGGUGAAGAACCUCUAAAAGUUAUCCCAGCAGUUAACACGACGUUAUGACUUAGGAGUUCAACAUCAAAAAAGAAUAUUGAACAGCUUUUGAAGGCCAAUAAGGUUUUAUUGGAGGUAUUCAAACUCAUCUUAAUGUUGUGUGAGAAGAAGACAACGGAUGAACCCACGACUCCAGCUAUUGAGAUGCCUGAAGAUG